CUCAUAGAUCUGUAACGCUAGUGUAAUCCGGAGGCUAUUUUCCACAGCAAAAACCACGGUUUUCUAUAAACGACCGUGGGUGAAUGCUGUUUUCUGGUGCCAAGAGAUCCGGAAAUGCAAAAAUAUGAGCGACUUGAGAAAAUUGGAGAAGGAACAUAUGGAACUGUUUUUAAAGCGAAGAAUCGUGAAACACAAGAGAUAGUAGCACUUAAGAGGGUGCGACUAGAUGAUGAUGAUGAGGGAGUACCAAGCUCUGCGCUGAGGGAGAUCUGUCUCCUGAAGGAGCUGAAACAUAAGAAUAUUGUCCAGCUUUAUGAUGUCCUUCACAGCGAGAAGAAACUGACCCUGGUCUUUGAGUACUGUGAUCAGGAUCUCAAGAAAUACUUUGAUACGUGCAAUGGAGAGAUCGACCCUGAUACUGUGAAGUCAUUCAUGUACCAGCUGUUGAGAGGCUUGGCUUUCUGUCACAGUCAUCAUGUUCUUCACCGUGAUCUCAAACCACAGAAUCUCCUCAUUAACAAGAAUGGAGAGCUUAAGCUAGCUGAUUUUGGUCUUGCCCGUGCCUUUGGCAUUCCCGUGCGUUGCUACUCCGCAGAGGUCGUGACCCUUUGGUACCGCCCACCUGAUGUCCUGUUUGGUGCUAAGGUCUACACCACUUCCAUUGAUAUGUGGUCUGCUGGAUGCAUCUUUGCAGAGAUGGCUAAUGCGGGGCGCCCUCUGUUCCCUGGUAAUGACGUCGAGGAUCAGCUCAAGAGGAUCUUCAAGCUCCUUGGUACACCCACAGAGGAUACAUGGCCAGGAAUAUCAAAACUCCCUGAUUUCAAGCCAUACCCUAUCUAUCCUGUGACCACACCCCUGGCCUCUGUCGUGCCCAGUCUAUCAGCAACAGGAAGGGAUCUCUUGCAGCGUCUGAUGAUGUGUAAUCCAGCCCUGAGGAUGUCAGCGGAAGAGGGACUCAUGCAUCAAUACUUUGCGGAUCUCAACUCUGUUGUCAACUAGAGGGGGCAGUAUUUUUAUUGUGCAACUCGUAAAUCAAUUAAUGUCAUUCUCAAGAAGCAGAGCAGUAAGAGAGUUUAUGAGAUUAAGAACUA